GCCUUCCGCCGUUCUUUCUAGCCGGAGAUAAUCUGUGAAGACAUCUGGUUUUUCCGGCGGCAUGGAGAAUAAGAAGAUGCCGUUGAACUCCCCGCUUCAGCGCAAGGUUUCGUUAUCCAAGGUAUCGGCGUCGGAUGGGAUCGCCACGCCGGAGAAGCCGGCGCAGCUGCCUCGGCGGGCCAGCAAACGGAGGCUAUCAUUCUCAGUUGGUGGUGAACGUAAAGUCGCCAUGGGAUUGCAGAUGACCCGAAACAAAUCUGCCAAUCCAUCGGAUGUUCCCAGAUCCGAUGGCGAGCUGCAGCGCAAAUCUCAGUCGUCUUCUGAUUCAGCCGCCGCCAGAAAGACAACGAAGCUUUCAGAAAAUUAUGAGAUGUUGGCAGAGUUCUUCAAUUGUUUGGACAGUUCAGUCCGAUUACUUAGGCUGAAAGGAUCGUUAUCCACAUUUACAAACAUCAGUGCUAGCAUACAACAUUUAACAGAGAGGAGAUUUACUUAUAGGCAUUUGGCACAAAUGAAACAUAUCUUACCUGAAGCAAUUUCAAUUAAAAAAGUGCUUUUGCAUGAUGAGGCCACUUGCUGCAUGAAGCCAGAACUUCAAGUUUCUUUGCAAGUGGAUGCAGUGGAAAGGAACUUGGAACUAAAAGGGGAGAGUCCAUAUUCAGCCUUAAGAAUGGUUUUCAGAGAUAGGCUUGUCCAAUUUGCUAGAGAACAUCCAGAGGAAGAUGACAUUCCAGAAGAAACACUCCCACAUCCUUUUGGUCGUACAAACCCAAGCAUGUCGACAGAAUUCAAUAGAUCAUUGUCUGUAGCCCAUCCUGGUAAAAGACCUUUGGUUAUUCAUGACCAACAUAUUGAAGAGGAUUCAAUGAUUAGUGCCCAAAACAACAUUUCAAGUGAAGUAAAAUCUUUAGAAUCCACUCCAGUCAAGGACAUUGCAUCUUCUGCAAGGCUGAUGAUCACUACACCAAAUCUUCAGACACCAAAAAGAAGUCGCAUAUCGUCAAUUAAUGAUACUCAGAAGGCACUUGUGAAACAGGCAACUCGGACCAAAUUAUUUCCAACUCCAAGGAAGAUUGUGCAGUCAGGCGGUGAAGAUAACUUGUCUGAAAGUUCACCAGUAGAAGAUGAUGUGCUUGGUUUUCUUCCAGAGUCAUUUCUACAAGAUAUAAGGGACAAGGAGAAAAAUGCUAUGGAGGAAAGGCAUGCAGAUGUAGCUGGGGCAAGGUCACGAAAGAAGAUAAUUGAAAGUUUGCCUAAACUUUUUGAUUUAGUACUCCUCAUAUUUCAGUCUGGGAACAGAUUUGUAAUUACAAAGCAAGAGCUUGUUCACAAGAUUCUUUCAUGUAACUGCAGUGUAAUUGAUAGAAACGAAGUUGAAGAACAAUUGGAGUUAAUGGAAGAAUUGGUUCCAGACUGGAUAUUUCGAAAGGCAGCAGCUACAGGGGACAUCCUCUACCGGGUGAAUAAAAUGUCAAGCUCCCAGGAGAUUCGGCAGAGGCUUGCAUUAUCCUAGUGAAAGAACGCCUAGUGACAUUUUGCUGAUUCAGAGUGCUUAUCCAAUGUUGAGGUGUCAAACUGUGAUCGAUAUUCUUGCAAAGCAUGCUUUUGACCACAUGGACAGAUUUACGUUGCGACAAAGAGACGCAAUUGAAAAGCUUUGGACCUCCAUUAAAGAGCAGCAGAUCAGAAGGAAGCAAGGAAAAUCGGUUAUUGGCAAGCUUGACAUGAAUGCUUUCGAGUGGCUGCAGCAGAAAUACGCUCAUGAAAAGAUAAGCAUACGACAUUCCGUUGGAGGUGGGGGAGAACGACAGGCACAGCAGUGGCUUGGUUAAUUUGCUUCUAAUGAAAACAACAAAUUACCAAAACAGCAACAACAACAAGGUUGAUUUUAUUAACUUUAUUCUUGUAGUAGUUUCUACUGGUAAUGCAUUUUAUAAUCAGUCCAGCAAGGUUGUGUUUUAAUUGAUAGGGUUGUGUGCGCGUGUUUUUUUUUUUACAUUUAUACGUGUAGACUGUUAUUUUGCUAUUUCUCAUGGUUGUGCGUUUUUCAUCAAAUUUGGA